CAAAAGAGCUCAGCUGCGCAACCUGCGGAAACCUCACAACUCCACCUGGAUCCUAAUGCCUAAGCCUUAAAUCCAUCCACCGAUCAAACAAAACAACGUUUGUCUUUGUCGUAGCCACUCUCUCUCUCUCUCUCUCUCUCUCUCUCUGCGUUUUUUACACACUGGAAGGCUCAACACUCAACGCAGAAGUUACAAUUCCUUGAUGUAAAUUAAGAAUUAGGGUUUUUACUCUAGUCUUACAUCCUCAGUUGUGGAUAGUGGUCACGAAAAUGUAUUUAUCCGAAAAGCCUAGUCCGGUUGACUUCUAUAAAGGCGGAGGAGGAGGAGGAGGAGGAGGAGGAGGAGAAGAAGAGAGAGAGAUGGUGAUUGAGGUCUCCUCCAAUGGAGACUUGACACCUCACCAUCCACUCCAGCACCAACACCAACAGAUGAUUCUCGGCGAAAGCAGCGGCGAAGACCACGAAGUGAAGGUUCCGAAGAAGAGGGCUGAGACUUGGGUUCAGGAAGAGACUCGGAGCUUGAUCAACUUCCGCCGCGAAGUUGAUGGUCUUUUCAACACUUCCAAGUCCAACAAGCAUUUGUGGGAACAGAUCUCCGCCAAGAUGAGAGACAAGGGUUUCGAUCGCUCCCCGACCAUGUGUACCGAUAAGUGGAGGAAUUUGUUGAAGGAAUUCAAGAAAGUGAAGCAGCAAGAGAGGGGGAGUGGUUCUGCUAAGAUGUUGUACUACCAGGAGCUUGAGGAGUUGCUCAAAGACAGAGCUAAGAACGGUCCGUACAAGAGUCCUACUUCUUCCAAAGUCGAUUCCUUUAUUCACUUCUCCGAUAAAGGUCUUGAGGAUGGCAAUAUCCCUUUUGGACCAGUGGAAGAUGUGGCUUGGAAUAUAGUUUUGGCGUGGAUGAUGAGCACUAUCUUCAAUGGCAGUACACCACUUUUGGUUGUUUGGCAAUUUGAUAAUGGCCGGUCAAAUGUCAACCUUGAAAGGCCUUUGGAUAAUGAUGGGGACCCACUUGCCCUUACUGCAGCUGAAGCAGUUGCAGCUAGUGGAGUUCCCCCUUGGAAUUGGAGAGAGACCCCUGGAAAUGGUGGGGAGGAGCACUCUUCGUAUGGUGGGAGGGUCAUAACAGUUAAGUGGGGGGAAUACAUUAGAAGAGUUGGUAUUGAUGGAACUGCUGAUGCAAUUAAGGAGGCUAUCAAAUCUGCUUUUGGCUUGCGAACUAAACGGGCCUUUUGGCUGGAGGAUGAAGAUACUGUUGUCCGGAGUCUUGACAGAGACAUGCCUUUGGGAAAUUAUGCACUUCAUCUUGAUGAAGGAGUGUCCAUAAAGGUUUGCCUUUAUGAUGAUCCUGAUCAAAUGGCUGUUCGUGCUGAGGGCAAAACGCUUUAUAGUGAAAAUGAUUUUCGCAAUUUCCUCACUCACCGUGGCUUGAUUGGUUUGAGGGAGAUUAAUAGCUACCGAUGCUUUGAUAAUUUGGAUGAUCUCCGUCCUGGUGCAAUGUAUCAGGGGGUGAGACAUCUGGGGGACUAGAAUCUUGUUUUCUUGGAGCAGAAAGUUUGAUAUGAUCUUCUAGAACUGGUUUUAAGCUCUACCUCCUGUGCCCCUCCUUUAGUUUUGCAGGUUGAACCUGUAAACUUUAAAUUAUCUGUAAGUAUCAUUAAGAAUUCCGGUUUUUUAGACUUCCAGCUGAAUGUUUUAAUCCUUUUGGCAACCAAAUCACAUUUCAUUUGGGUUGUGUAGUAUUUUUCUUUCAUUAAUGGUCCUUAGACCUAAAUUUCAAGGACGUUGAAAAAAAAACUUUAGCUACAUUUUUUUUAGCAAUAAUGUCUCAGCCUGUGGUCAUAUAGCUUAGACAUAUUCACCGCCUCAAGUCGGAGUCGGAUGAGAGGCAUUAGGCUAUCGAGUCG